AGAGCAUCGGUGGUGUUGGAAUGCGAGGUGUAGAAGGGGUCUUAAUUGCCAACAUAUUGAAAAGUCUUGUGACAAGAUUUAUGGAUUCUUAUAAUGAACUGCACAGUCACGAGAACUUGUCAAUGUAUUGCGAUGUGAAGCAACUUAUAUGUUACAUAAAAGAAGCUCAUGGAGGGACGUUCCGUAGAGUUGCUCUUAGUGGACUCCUCGAUUCAAUUGUGCGUGAUCGUAAACCAGAACCCCAGAAAGAGGCUUCGCCAGAAACUCCUCAGCCAGUAAUCAAAGAGAUGAUAACAAAACCAGUGAGACGUACCCAGAGUGCAGUGUCAGACUUUGGAGGCGAGGAUCGGUCAUCUUCCCCCCACAUGGAAGGGGGAGACACUGUGCCCAGGAAGAGCCGCAGAUCAAUAUUCCAAAAAAGGAACAAAAAACACUUUGCAUCAAACACGAUAGCAGUCAGUGACACAGAGAUUCUUGAUGAAUAUCGUAUUCAUGGCAGACUGAGUCCUCGUACGAGUAUAUCUGCUACAGAGGAUGACUACACAGGCUCGUCAAAUCCUACAACUCCCAAGCGCAAGUUCAGCAAGUUCCAACUUAGCAGAACAUGGAAAAAAUCAUCAAAAUCUGAUCAUGAGGAUGAUUCCGCAAAUGAGUCAAUGACCCCUGACCUUCAGCGACAAAACAGAAAUGGCAUUGACUUUCAUAAUCGUAAAGGACGCAUGUCAUUUAAAACUGCUGGUCAUGCAACAUUGAGCUUUCUCAGUGCCAGAAGGAGGCUGGAAGACGGCAUUAAGAAUUUUGGUCGCAGAUUAAGUAAGCGGGGCAGUAUUGAAGAUGAUAUGGCCCAUCGUGUUGGUGGAGAUCUGAUUAACUCACUUGGUACAGAGGCAUCUAUUAUCAAAGAGAGGAAACUGGUCAAUAGUUAUGCUGUGAAAUCGGGAAUGUUCAGGUUCAACUUCCUGUUGGACUGCUGCACCCCUGGGUCUGUGCCUGACCCUCCCCUGAUAGCAGCCAUGUUGGAUUUGGAGGCCCCUAUAGUUGCCAGAGCAGCUCUACUGCUGGAAUGUGCACAUUUUGUACAUAGAUGCAAUAAAGGAGACUGGCCGCAAUGGAUGCGACUGAACUUGCCAAGCUUUCGUCAAACUGCACAGCUCCACAGUCGUGGCCAGACGUCAGCCUAUAAACGUAAUCUUGCUGCUCAGAGACAGGCAGCCAGGAUGUUCCACAUGUGGGGAGAGGCAAUUGGGACAAGAUUGGAAGAGAUUCUGAAGAUUGAGAAAAUGGACAUAUUCACUCUACUUUCCCAGAUACGAGAUGACAGUAAAAAACGAGAACUAAGAAAUGAAGAUGAUGAAGAAGAUUUUCUUGAUGAAGCCACUGUUAACCAUUCAGGAUCUGACUGUCCAUACGCCCUUAAGAUGAUUGCAUGUCAAGUACUGCUAGAAAUUACAACAUUUUUACGGGAAACCUAUCAAUAUCUGCCUAAGUCGAAAUUGCCAAAACAGGAACGUUGGGACAAACCAGUGUCUCGCAGAUACAGCACAGCCCAAAUGAGUAGCCCUGGGCACUCUGACAAGAGUAUUACAUCACCAACAGGAGACCCCCCUCAAGGCUUUAGAGAGCGCAAAAUUAGUUUUGCUGUUUUGGACGAUCAAGAAUCUGUAAUGAGUACACUGGCUCCACCUAGUGGCCAGAAAGCUGCAGACACAAUAAGUGAAUCAGGAAGCAUUAGUCCCAGUGAGAGGAAGAUCAGUUUUGCUAUCAUGGGAACAAGUUGUGAAAGGUCUGACUCACUCCACAGUUCAACAACAACUCUUUCAAUGCCAGAGGGAGGUGAAGAGAGAAAAGCUGCUAGAAGACUUGCACAAGGACGGAAAUUACUGAAAAUGCGAAGAGGAUCAAUAACUGAGAAAAUCACUGCCCAACAUAAUGCCAGCUUAAAGCGACAGAGGAGUCUGAAGUUGAAACAAGAGGGGGGAUCUGGUGGUGGAAGUGUUGAAAAUGAAAGUGAGGCUGCCACUGCUGAACCAAAACCUGAGCGCGAAGCGAAACCAGAAAAAACUCCUUUUAGUAGAAAAUCCAUUAAAUUAAAGCGUCCUAAAUCCCAAGCAACUCAAGGCUCUGAAAAAGUCCAAUCACACCAAGGGCCUCAAGUAGCGCAUUUAACAGUUCACCGUACUCACACGGAACCAGACCAUUCUCCAGUGGAGAGUACCUCUGAUUUAUCCCCAGAUGAAGCAGUGAGGGAGAAUUUAUUAGAAGAUUAUCGCAGACCAUCUGCUCCAUUCUCACAGGUCCAGAAAAUUCAACAAAGCUUGCGGCGCAAAUCAGAACAUUUGCUAAGCCCCCUCCGUACAGGUAUAAAACGUAUGGGGAGUUUGACCAAUCGUAAAGUCAGCAUACAAUCUACAAAAUCUGAACGUUCUGAUGAGGAUCACACAUUUGAUGACUAUACUGAAGCGCCACCUUUAGUGACUACCACUGAUGAGCCCCAGGAUAGCCCGGAAGUUGAGGAAGAAAUAGACUAUAGUCAGAAUAUGCCCUGGAUAAAGAUUGUCGUACGCCUUGCAAACACUUCCAACUUUGUCUGCGAUCACCAGAACUAUUGUAACCCCAAUUGUUACGAGCGCCAGCGUCGCAGCUGCUGUCGGUUGAUGGCUGCCGUGAAGCAUGUUCACGAGAGUAGAGCUGAAGAUGAGGCCCAGGUUAAAGAGAGGGGACACAUUGAGAGUAGAAGAGACACAUUGAAAGACAAAUUUAAGCGAAGGGAGUCCAUGUUUCAACCAUCAUCUCCCACAAGACGCCGUGAAAGCACCCCCCUAUUGAAUAAAAUCUCUGCCGCAGACGUCACUCUCUUGCGAAGCAAGCUGAACUCAAUGGAGCGAAAGAAGAACCAAGAACAGCAGGAACCUGUCAUUCCUGAUACACCAAUGCAGACAUAUUUGAAAUCACAGGUACAGAACCUGACACAGAACCCCAUGUCUAUAUUCAUCAAGGCUGCUCCCAUACUACCUGAGGAUGUAUUUGCCAACAUACUACCUGUGGCUUGGGAGUUACUGCUGGAGAAUGACCAAGAGUUGGCUGCUGCCAGUGCUUCUGUCUUCCUCAUAUCAGCAGUUAAAGCUCCAGAACAGGUGCAAGAUAUCAUGACAAAGGAACUGGCACAUGAAGACACAACUCAGCGUAUUAAUGCCCUGCUUAGGUAUGAGGCAUUAUGGAGAUAUAGAUACCAAGUAUGGCCAAGAAUGGAAGAUGGAGCAAACCUAAUGUUCAAGCUCCCACCACCAAGUAUUGACUUUGUGCUCCCCUCUCCCACCAUUGGGUUACCAUCUCUGCCUAUUGUGGACCCCCCAUGGACCCCUCAUUUCAAAACUAAGGUCGAGGAGGUCACUGUGACCCAAGAUGAAUCAAAAUCAUUUGUGACAGCAACAACCACUCGUCGCAAACAACAAAUUGAAAUGAUCCACAAAGCAUUAUUGGCGGAAGAGGAUCGGAAACGUGAGGCCAGGGAAAAUUUCCCAUUAACAACAGUUGCGAUAGCACAACAGGCAGCUUAUGAGCCUGCACUCCAUCACGUCACAGAAGAACAUGAAGAAGGAGAUGAGGAAAGGACUGAACACACACACUCGCAUCAUAUGCAGAUGGCGCAACAUUUUUUCCCAUCAUGCAUCAGUAUGGCAGUAUUACCCAUAAUCCAUCUGUUAGAGGAUGUGGAGGUGAACCCUGAUGGGAUAUCUGUAUGUGAAGUAGCAGAAAAGGUGAUUCACCAGUGCUUAGUAGAGGAACCACAAUUGUUCUUCAAACACUUCCUUGAGAAACUCACCAACAAGUCAAAACAGGAGGAAUUGCUGUAUUUAUUAAGAAAGCUGCUUCUACAUAUGCCAGAGUUGCCAUCUCAGACUGCUCAUAUGCUCUUCAAUUAUCUGCUUGGCUUCAUAAUGUUCUAUGUGAGGUCCCCUACAGAGGGAGGACAGGAUGCUAUUGGAUCAGCCAUGUCAGUCAUCUGGCUGGUUGUCCCUAGUGUACAUGGAAUAUUCUUCAAAGAUUUGAAGCAGACACUUAAGAAAGAACAGUGUGAUCCGACAUUAAUGAUCACUGCCAAUGUUCCAAGCACCAAGAAGGUGAUUGUUCAUGGCCCAGACCUCUCCAGUAUUCCAUCACAGUUUCCUGUCAGAGAGGACACUCAGUUCAUUGCUGUGCUUCAAGAUAGUCUCGAGUUUUUCAACAUCCCAGAGAAUGAGCACAAUGCUUACUUCCUCAUAGACACAAAGUCACACCAGAUGCACAAUUUGGACAGCUACGUCAGAGACUUUUAUUUCUUCCGACGUAACUUCUACCCUCAGCUGACCAUGAUUCAUAUGAACCCAGAGGAGGCCUUUAAAACACUGCAGAAACAGGCGCUUACUUUGAAGACAGUUGAGAUCGGAAAAGUGCUAUUCUCAAAGGCGAUCCUUGAUGGAACACCAGCCAAUCAGCUGUCUACACACGUCUCAUUCAUUCAUGAAGAGUUGACAAAACUACCAUCAUUUCCUCGCAAGGCUCUGGAAGCUGAUUUUGGUCUGUACAAGGGGUCUCUUCACAAGGAGGUUGGAGGAGUGGAUAUGAUUCACAAGUAUGUCUGGACUAAGUUGAUCAACACACUGUUUUCAAGUAUGUCGUCAACAACGACAUGGACAUGUGACUUGACUCUGUUCUUGAAUGCUGUAAAUGGGACUUUGUUGUUACAUUGUGAAGAUAGUGCCAUGGUGAGGCUCUGCCUCUCAGUGUUCAUCAAUGCAUCACGAAGGUUUAAACAUGUCUUUGCUACAAAUGGGUAUCUGUUUAUUAUGCCCAACAUGUUGAGGGUCUAUUCCAACUACCAGACCAACCCCCAGCUCUGUAAGGCCAUUGAGUUUGCCUGUAAACAGUUCUACAUACUGCAUAGGAAACCAUUCAUACUUCAGAUGUUUGGUAGCAUUGCACCAAUACUAGACAUGGAUAUAGAUGCAGAGUUUGGUGAUUGUAAUAAAGUUUUACCAGAGACCCUUUUUGACCUCCUAGUGGCCCUCUCCAAAUCCUCGUGCCCUGAUGAACUGGACAUUUUGGACCUGAUUGAGGGGGAAAAACCUCUGAAAGCGCUUGACUUCUGCUAUGAGGAUGAGCCAGAUUCAUUCAGUAUGUCAGAUGCCAUUGAUUUAUGUGUCACAGUAGACUUCUGCUACGAGGAUGAGCCAGAUUCAUUCAGCAUGUCAGAUGCCAUUGAUUUAUGUGUCACAGUAGUGGCCUAUGCCUCAGACUCCCUCAGAAGUCAACAAAUGCUGACCAUAUUAGAGGCUAUAGUUCCAUACUAUCUGAAGCAGUCACAGGCGCUGACAUUGAAGCGUGACACUCCAGUGUCUGCACGUUCAGAGAUGGAUAUGAUACAAGAGCUCAGCAUCUCUAUGAGAGCACUGGUGGUCAAUUGUGAAGCUCUAACUAGGAAUUUGAGUGGACCAAAACAUAUUGACGUAGCAACCUCAAAUCUGAAGCCAACUCAUAACCAUAGCAACCAUUCUCCUUCUGUACCUGGCAUGUUUUAUGAUGACAGAGAAGAUUCAACUGUUCAUGUGAGAUAUAUGGAGGAAGGAAGGUCAAAAUCCACUCAUCACCAUGACCAUGAGGAAGAGAUUGCAAUGUUGAAAGAAUUCAGACGUCCCCGUGAUUCACUGCUUUGCGUCAUAGCUGAGUUCUACGUGCAUUGUUCAGCUCGUGUCAAAGAUCUCAGAAAGAGGCUGAAUGAGGUCCAUGCAAAUAAAUACCCAGAUUUGUUGGAUCAUAAAGCCCAUAAUAAACUGGCCGAUGUUGCACAUACUUUGCUAAAGAUGGCACCCUAUGACCCACACACCAUGAGUUGCCGUGGGCUACAACGCUAUAUCCUCGAAAUACUACCAAUGACAGACUGGUCACAGGAAGCUGUUAGACCUGCGCUGAAUCUUAUACUGAGACGUCUUGAGAGGCUCUUCCAUAAAAUAUACAAGAAAACUACACUUAGGCGCCACCUAGACUGGGAUUGUGCUGCCAGUCUAUUAAGAGGGGUCUACAUGGCACUACACAAAUACAACUUCAUAGCACAUCUACCAUACUUGAAGAGUCUAAUAAACACAACUUUACACAUAGUAUUAGCUGACGCAUCUGGACUAGAACUAUCUGGAAGUUCCCAUGACGUCCAUCAUAGAUCUUCCCGCGUGGAGACUAAUGUUUCCGUGGCAACAGUCCCUACCCCCCAGGCAUUCUGCUCUGCAGUUGUCAAACUGACUGCCAUGCAGAUGCAGGCCCUUGGGGAUCAGUUUUCAUUGGAGCACAUAUGUGGAGGGAUGUCUGUCUUCCCUACACAGGACAAAACCCAGAAUAUGCUUGUAAACCUUGUACUGCCCUUGCUGAUAAGGGUUGGAUGCGGGCGUAAAGAUUCUCCAAGGAUGUCCCAGACUGACAUUAACUUUGCAUUGACAGUAAUUCUCCAUGCAGUUGUGCCACCCUCCAAACAGAGUUCUAGCCAUGGGGGAAAAUCAACCAAUUAUUUGUCAGUGUCCAUUGGAGAGAUGGGGCGAUCUGGGAGUGUUUCACAAUCUGAUAAACAAAGCCGUACAAGAGACUCGCUCUACCAGAUUGCAUUCUUAGGUCUGAAGAUUCUCCUGGUGUGUUUUGAACGUCAACUAACCCCAGAGUUACACAGAGUUGCCAACUGUAUAAAGGAAAUGGGGACAAAACUGAAUGGUGGACUAGCAUUAUGGAGGUUCCUUGAUUUUCUGACGUCCUACCGCCCUUCCCUGUUCAUAAUUCUGCAGCCAUUCAUACAGUAUAAGAUGCUAAGUAUGUCUUGUGCCACACAGCAGGAGUAUUUCAUACAGCAUGCCAUACAUGAGAAGCUUAGAGGCAAGAACAUGCCUCCACCCAGAUCCAUUGGGAAUGUUCUUAUGGACCUAGCCAGUGAACUUAGAUCCAUCAGGGAUGAUAUCAAUGCUUUGGGUGAGAUGCGUUCUAGGACUGCUACCAUGGCAUCAGAGAGGUCACAGCAAUCCUAUUCAACUGGUAGAUACACCAGGCGUAGUGUGGCAGACCUUUACUCUGAGCAGCAGGGCCGCAAAUCUACUGUCACCAUCCCCCCUCCUUUACUCAAGAAAGCUAGCAAAGUGAAUGUUAUGCCACUGAAUGCAGUUGCCACGCCAGGUACCCCUGUUUCUAUAGCAACAUCACCUGAAGCUAUGGUAACUGCCCCAGUUCCAGCACCAGUUGGUCUGAAUUCACCUAAACUUACCCGGAAGCAGUCAAGUCGUAGAAUCAAAGCGACUGAAGGAAGUAAUGAGAUUUUGGAAAGAUUUAAGAAACAGCAGAUUGAUGAGGACUCAGUUGAUGCUCCUUUAGCGAACCCUUCGAGGUCAAAGCUCCAUCGUCAAGGUAGCGUCUAUCAAAAAGGCUACAUCACAAAACAAAGAAGUAUUUGUCCAAUUGGGGAAGAAAUGGCUACGGAGAUAAUCUCUGAAAAUAUAUUAGAUGAACAUUGUGAAGAUGAAGGCUCUGAACUAGGAUCUCCUUCAUCGCCAACAUCAGAUGGCGCUAGUGGAUCACCAGAUUUUACCACCAGGGGGCAUCGUUUACAGCGCCAGGAUGCCAAAAGUCGUAAAACCUUCAAGAUAAAGCGUCAGAAAAGUCGAGACUUGAUCAGUAUAAGGAGAACUCAAACAGUGGCCAGUAGAAGAUAUGGUAUGUCUGGUCCAGCUCCUCUAAUUGAAGAAGAGAAAAGCCCUGGUGUUCUUCGUAAAGUGAGCACCGUACAGGAAGAGGGAAACAUAGCACCACCUAUUGUCGAGAGUGAGCAAUCUCAUCCUCAAAUAACUGAAGAUAAAUCCGGUAACUCUCCUAAUAGGGGUAGUAAUUCUUCCAUUGACCUGGGUAGUCCAUCCGAUACUGAAGUGAAGCAAAGCAUGAGAGCCCGUUACAUCUCAAAAUCACAAGAAGACAUCUUGAAAUCAGCAGCUCCCCCUGGAACAGUCCGCGGCCGAAUUGCCCGCCAGGGGGCCAGGAUUGUGCGUUCCCGGUCACCCUCAACAAGCCCAGUGCGUCACAGUGGUACCCCCUCUCCCACUCACUCCAUUGGAGCACAGUCUGCUCCUGGGGGGACAUACAUGCGAAAGGGUGACUCAACAGACUCAGUCAACAGUGAGAAUGCAGCGUUGCUGAAAUCUGAAGAUCGACUCACACAGAGUCCAAUCAUUGGCUGAUAAUAAUAGUAGUAAUAUUUUGACAAAACAAAAUGAUUGAUUUGCACUUUAGUGCCAUGACAAUGAUCAGACUAAGUUGCCAUGACAACCCACAUAUAUAUUAGCAUGCAGUGAAUAUAAUCUAGCCAUUGAUUUGAAAAUAAUUACCCAUAACAGACCACAAUGUUUUUAAAAACUGUUAAUCAAAAAAUUAUACCAUGACAUACCAUGAACAAAUUAAAUAGUGAUGGUUUACUUUGAAGUAAUGUCAUCAGACUUGCCAAAAGCUAAUUGCAAAUGAAACUAUUCAGCCAUCGCUUCUAGAGUUUAACCAUAAUUAAAUUAAACAUUGACAGGACAUAUAUAUUGCCAAUUUUGUACAGAGGAAUGACAUAAUUAAUACAUGUAUAACAACAUUGUAGGACAAUUUUAGAGUUUGUUUCACUGAAUCUCAAUGUUUUAAUGAUAACAUCUAUUCUAGAAUACUUGUAUAUGGUAUGCUAAAGCUUUACGAUGUAUGUUAUAGAGGAAGAAAUGGUCUCGAAAAUAUGUUAAUUUCUACAAUAUAUUAGAGACCAUUGAAAAAUGGUCAAGAAAAUAUGUUAGUCUUUACUAUUUAAUUGUAUAGCGUAUAAAAAUAAAAAUGGUGUAGAAUGUUAAUCUUUACAA